CUUCUCUCCAUCCAUAUUAUUAUCCUCAAUUCCAUUGGCAGUCUGACGCCCCCCAAUUCCGCGCCGAGGGAAUUGUCACUGCAACCAUGGGUGUCGAAUCCGCCUCCUUACAGGAGCGCCUAGAGCGAUGGGCUCAACGCCUACAGAACCUCACGGUCUCCCCCCUCACCCGAGACUAUCCCGAUGCUCAGAACCAGGAGCUCCCCAAGAGGUCAAUUGAGGCCUUCGAGUCUCUCAAGAUCUCCAAGAAUUCCCUGUCACAACUACAAAACGUCUCCGGCUCGUCGUCGGGAUUCACGGUCUUCCUGACUGCGUUCGUGGUCCUCGUCGCUCGGUUAACCGGUGAUGAAGAUAUCGCCAUCGGCACUAGCUCCGGCGAGGAUGGCCGUCCUUUUGUCCUGAGAGUCCCCAUUGAGUCGUCGGAAACCUUCCUUCAGCUCUACGCUAAAGUGCAAGCCGCAUUCAACCAAGGAUCAUCCGAUAUCGUCCCAUUGGGUAGCCUACGGUCUCAUAUCCAAGAAAAAACUAAGUCGGAGCGAGCACCCAUUUUCUUCCGUUUCGCUGCCUACGAUGCCCCCGCCGUUUCGCAAGAAUACCCCGCCAACACCUUCGAGACAACCGACUUGGUUGUGAACGUUGCGCCUUUGUCCGACGAGUCGUCGGCAGCGGAGUUGGGAGCAUUCUACAACCAGAGACUUUUCUCGAGUGCAAGGAUCGCCACAAUCCUCCGGCAGCUCUCUCGGAUUGUCGAGAAUGCCACCAGCAACCCCGAGGAGGCAAUUGGGCGCAUUGAUUUCAUGACUCCGGAUCAACAGGCGCUUCUUCCCGACCCUACAUCCGAUCUGAACUGGUCCAAGUUCCGUGGUGCCAUCCAUGAUAUCUUCGCUGAGAAUGCGAAGAAGCACCCCGAGAAGCUUUGCGUGGUAGAAACCAAGUCUGAGCGAUCUCCUCACCGGGAGUUUACGUAUCAGCAAAUCAAUGAGGCAUCCAACAUCCUGGGCCAUCACCUGGUCCAGUCGGGUAUUGAGAGAGGGGAUGUGGUUAUGGUGUACGCCUACCGUGGCGUCGAUCUCGUCGUUGCCGUCAUGGGUAUCCUGAAGGCCGGUGCUACCUUCUCUGUGAUCGAUCCGGCCUAUCCUCCGGAGAGACAAUGCAUCUACCUUGACGUUGCCCGCCCUCGCGCGCUCAUCAACAUUGAAAAGGCAACCAAGGAUUCCGGUGAGCUCUCGGACAAGGUUCGUGCAUUCAUCAAUGAGAACCUGCAGCUCCGCACUGAGGUCCCUGCGCUCGCCCUUCAGGACGACGGUUCGCUGCGGGGUGGCUCAUUGGACGGCCAGGACGUUCUGGCCAACCAAGUCCCCUUGAAGGCCGAGUCUGUUGGGGUAGUCGUUGGCCCAGACUCGACCCCUACGCUGUCGUUCACUUCCGGCUCAGAGGGUCGACCCAAGGGUGUCCGAGGACGUCACUUUUCAUUGGCGUACUACUUCCCUUGGAUGUCCGAGACAUUCAAGCUCAACCCCAAUGAUCGAUUCACUAUGCUUAGUGGCAUUGCUCAUGACCCCAUUCAGAGAGAUAUUUUCACGCCCCUUUUCUUGGGAGCACAAUUGUUGGUCCCGGCACGGGAAGACAUCCAGAACGAGAGACUUGCGGAGUGGAUGCAAGAAUACGGAGCUACGGUCACCCACCUUACACCGGCCAUGGGCCAGAUUCUCGUUGGCGGCGCUUCCGCACAGUUCCCUUCUCUCCACCAUGCAUUCUUCGUGGGUGACAUCUUGAUCAAGAGAGAUUGUCGAUCGCUGCAGGGCUUGGCCCCCAACGUCAACAUUGUCAACAUGUAUGGAACCACCGAGACCCAGCGUGCUGUCAGUUACUACGAAAUCCCCAGCUACUCGAGCCACGAGGGUUUCCUGGAUACCAUGAAGGAUGUCAUCCCCGCUGGUCGAGGAAUGCUCGACGUGCAGAUGCUGGUUGUCAACCGCUUUGAACCCAGUCGUAUCUGUGCCAUCGGAGAAGUGGGUGAGAUUUAUGUCCGUGCCGCCGGUCUUGCGGAAGGAUAUCUGGGUUCCGCCGAAUUGAACCAGAAGAAAUUCAUCAACAACUGGUUUGUGGACCCUAAGAUCUGGACUGAAAAGGACCAGGCUUCGUCGCAAAACUCAACCGAGCCAUGGAGGCAGUUCUACGUUGGCCCCAGGGAUCGUCUGUACCGCAGUGGAGAUCUUGGUCGGUACACUCCCACUGGUGAGGUUGAAUGCUCGGGACGUGCAGACGACCAGGUGAAGAUCCGUGGCUUCCGUAUCGAGCUUGGUGAGAUUGACACUCACUUGUCUCGCCACCCAUUGGUGAGAGAGAACACCACUCUGGUGCGACGUGACAAGUUCGAAGAGCCUACUUUGGUCAGCUACAUCGUGCCGGACAUGGGCAAGUGGGCCGCCUGGCUGUCAGAAAAGGGCCUCCAGGACGAUGACUCCGCCGAGGGAAUGAUUGGCAUGCUCCGUCGUUUCCGACCUCUUCGCGACGAUGCCCGCGAGCUUCUCCGCAGCAAGCUCCCAACCUAUGCUGUGCCAACCGUCUUCAUCCCCCUGAAGCGGAUGCCUCUCAAUCCCAAUGGCAAGAUCGACAAGCCCGCACUGCCAUUCCCUGACACCGCGGAACUCAGCGCGGCCGCUCCCCGACGCAGAUCCUCGGUGCUGCAGGCGCUUUCCGAGACUGAGCAAGAGCUGGCGCAAAUCUGGGCCAAGCGCAUCUCCAACGUGACUGCUCGCAUGAUCGGCCCUGAUGACUCGUUCUUCGACCUCGGCGGACACAGUAUUCUGGCCCAGCAGAUGUUCUUCGAUCUCCGCCGCAAGUGGCGCGGAAUCGACAUCAGCAUGAACGCGAUCUUCCGUAGCCCUACGCUCCGUGCGUUCGCUGGCGAGAUCGACCGCCUAUUGAGUCUCGACUCGCUCACGACCAGCGACAGCAAGGACGCCGCCGCCGCCGAGGCAUCCGAGGCUCUCAAGCAGCCCAACGACGAAUACUCCAAGGACGCUCGCCAGCUGGUCGACACAUUGCCUCAGUCAUUCCCCGAGCGCACCGAGGACAUCCUCUCGGGAGAACCCACGGUCUUCCUGACCGGUGGAACCGGGUUCCUGGGUGCUCACAUUCUCCGCGACUUGCUCACCCGCAAGUCCCCCUCGGCCAAGGUUGUCGCUCUGGUCCGAGGAAAGACCGAACAGCAGGCUCUCGACCGCAUCCGCUCCACCUGCCGGGCCUACGGCUUCUGGGAUGAGGCCUGGACCAGCCGUCUCCAGUGCGUGUGCGGUAAUCUCGGAGAACCUCGCCUGGGUCUCUCUGAGGCAUUAUGGGAGGACCUGACCAAGCGAGUGGAUGCCGUGAUCCACAACGGCGCGCUGGUCCACUGGGUGUACCCCUAUUCCACCCUCAAGCCGGCAAACGUCCUCGGUACUAUUGACGCUCUGAAGCUUUGCGCCACCGGCAAGCCCAAGCAGUUCUCGUUUGUCAGCUCUACUAGCGUGCUCGACAGCGACCACUAUGUCGAGGAGUCCGAGCGGAUCAUCGCGGCCGGCGGAGCGGGUAUCAGCGAGGAUGACGAUUUGGCGGGCAGCAGUGUCGGCCUAGGAACCGGAUACGGCCAGAGCAAGUGGGCGAGCGAGUACCUGGUCCGCGAGGCCGGUAGAAGAGGAUUGAGGGGAAGCGUGGUGCGCCCCGGUUACGUGCUGGGUGACUCCCAAACCGGAACUACGAACACGGAUGACUUCCUGAUCCGCAUGAUCAAGGGAUGUAUCCAGCUUUCCUCCCGCCCGAACAUCCACAACACCGUCAACAUGGUUCCUGUGGACCACGUGGCGCGCGUGGUUAUCGCCGGUGCCUUCCAGCCUGCCUGCAAGCCUAUCGGAGUGGCCCAGGUGACAGGUCACCCCCGGCUUCGAUUCAACCAGUUCCUUGGUGCCCUGCAGCUGUACGGGUACGAAGUGCCCCAGGUUGACUACGUGCCGUGGUCCACGUCGCUUGAGGAAUACGUCAACAGCGGCCAGCAUGACGAUCUGGAGUCCCAGCAUGCACUCAUGCCUUUGUUCCACUUCGUGGUGUCGGACCUUCCCAGCAACACCAAGGCUCCCGAAUUGGACGACAAGUACGCAGCUGCUUCCCUGCGUGCGGAUGCCGCCUGGUCGGGUGUUGAUGCGUCGGCAGGCGCUGGUGUGACGGAGGAGCUGGUGGGAUUGUACGUCUCUUACCUCGUGGCCGUGGGAUUCUUGCCCGCACCGCCCGCGUCGUCCACCGCUCGUCCGCUGCCUGUCGCUCAGCUCAGUGCCGAUCAGAAGCAGGCGUUGGCCAAUGUUGGCGGUCGUGGCGGCACUUCAUGAGAAACUUGAAAUGGUAGCGUUUGCCGGUGCAUUUUUCUCUUUUUU